UCCAUUGUACCCAGCUGUGAAAUAUUUUAAAAUGAAAUAAAGUAUGUUAUCACAAAACAAACAAAUCUGCUGCUUGUAUGUGUUAGAUUGGGCGAGGGCUUGUCUUAUCUAAUUUACACACACACACACACACACGGACACGUCCAUAAUAAACAAAACGGAUGAUAACGUUCUUGUCAAGUACUAAAACUACUAACUUAUUAAUGUUUCUUGUGUUUUGUGAUUAUUACACAUAUUUCAGCAAGACAUCAAUAAGAUAACAUUGAAAAUUGUAUUGAAGUCUCAGGUGUAUGGGCCAACAUUUGUUGUAUCUCUUCAAACAUUUACAUUCUAAUGGAUUUGAGAAAAGCGCUUGUUCAAUCCAGGAAACAGCCAGCGCAACAAGUUGAAACACUAUGGGAAAACAUUUACCAGCACAAUGUGAAGGUAGAAGCUUUAAUGUCCAUUCUGGCAUUCUAUCUACACCACAGAGUGUAUCCUCCACCGGUUCAGAAGGCGUUGGACAGUUUGUUGAUGUGCCUGACUGACAGUCGGACAACGAGGAGGCUCCGGACUCUGCUCUCCCGGACCCUGGAGGAGAUGUGUGCGUGGCUUGGUCCUGACUGUAUUCUGGACACUGUGCAACUCUCUGCUAGCCCCAGCGUGGUGGCGGACCUGCUGCCUUGUCUCCUCAUCAACCCCGACACUCCCCGCCCCGAGGCUGCCUUCUAUGAAAGGCUGAUCAGUGGUCUCACCAGUCCUGGGCUAUCUCAGGAAGACCGAUGUAAGGUGUUAGGGUUUGUCUCAGCUACAGUGCCGGCCGAGUUGAUGCCGAUGUUGACCAAACAUCUGGUCUCAUGGCUCUCCUACUCUCGCUCUUCGCAGACCAACUCUCUGUUUAGGUCAGCUGACGUUACUGACAUUGAUGGGUCUCCAGCCACAGGCUUGUGUACAGCACUAACUCUAGUUACGACAGUGACCGACAUACACAUGCUGAGCGUUGUCACGUUCUCCAACAUACGCCAGUACCUGCGGCGUGCACCUGCUGAUAGCAGCUUGGUGUCAGCAGUGUUCAGCUACUGCAGCACUCUGCUGGCUCAGGCUACCAAGAAACCCAGCACUCAGCAUGACAAACAGCUCGUAGCCGUGGUGCUCGAAGAGGUACUGUUGACGAUGAAGGCAGUUAAAGAAGCAGACAACAGCUGUCGAGGGAGAUGUCAACUGAUGGUUGGUAACGUCCUACACCUGGCUGACCAGCUGAGGCUGACUCCUCUUCUGAUAUCGGUCUGGCAGUACCACCUGGUAGAUGGAGGUGACAGCCCACUCACAGAGAGGGUGCUGGGUGCAGUGAUCAAAGCAGAGUUCAGCCAAGGCCUGGUGAGCCAGAGAGUGGCGACCGUGGUUGUGGCUCAUGGCUCGCAGUUGGCUGAGAGUUUGGCUCGAUACUGCCCUAGUCUUCUCAAGCUGGUAGCCACCCAUCCAUCGGGACUAGUGGAGGAGUUCCUAGACCUCAUGCCGUACCUCACUGUCAACACUGAGCUCACAGCUGAGGUACUUCACUGCCUGCUGGAUCUACCCCUGCUGUCAGCUACUAUCUGUGUGAGCCAGACUAGUCUGCUGGUCCAGGCAGGGUUCAAGGUGACCUCACUGAUGUCGGUGAAGCAGCAAAUAGAUGGUACAGCUGAUCUCAAGGUUGUCUACAAGCAUUUUAUGAGAUCCAAGGCUCAGGCGGGGGAGACUGAUGCUCUGGUCAAACUGUACCCUGCCUACUGGUCGGCCCUAAAGCCUGUGUUGUCCCAGGGGCUGGUGGAGGUCUGCAGUCAGGUUGCCCCGUUGUUGUUGUCAGCUUUCCUGGACUCUGUCAGAGACUGCAACGAAGCGAAUAACUCCCUCAUGCCUGCCAUCUUCGCCAGACUCCCCCUACUGUGUCCCUUGCCUUCGUACCAGAAGGCUGUUUUUGAUCUGUUGUCACAAUAUGUGACGACAGUGUGGAGUCAGCAACCAGAGCUGUUGGGAAAUCCUUGUGUUGCCCAGUUCCUCUCGGUCACAAGCAACAUCCAACUCUGCCCUCAACUGUUCGACACCAUCGUCUCAGCCGUCGGCAAUAACUUGCAAAAUCCCCUGAUAAAAAGAAAGUCCGGAAGUAUGGAGUCAAAGGAUGCAACGUUAGAACCGUCUCCUGGUGUUGACUCUCGAAAAGCUGGCGUCCUGUCAUUUCUCAGAACAACCAGCAGCAGUGGCAGUCUGAGUCAAGGGGGCGGAGCUCCGGGGGAGACAGCUGGUACACCCUCAGACUCAGAGGAAGUUACCAAAACAGACUCAGAACCCGCAAAACCGAAGACGAGCAAAGACAAGCCUUCCCCCCACUUGGAGAAUAUUUAG